AUUUAAGCACCUGAAGACAGCAUGAUUUCAACCAGGAAACAAAUCAAGCAAAUUCACGCCUGAAAACGUCUGAGUCUGAAAACAGAUUUUAAAGCUUCCUGUGACCUCUGACCUCCACCAUGAUAUCCUCGUCCAUCACCAGGGGCGGUGGAGUCGUGGUCGUCACUCAGGUCAUUCCUGAGGGUGAAAACUCCGUCCUGUUCCAGACCCCUGCUGCUGCCACUGCCCAACAGGCCCCGCCCACUUCCCCCACCUCUGCUGCUAAGGUGGACAACAUGACCGCCACCUUCCUGCGGGGGCAGCCACACGGCCUCGGGGUUGUUCAGAUCUUCAUCGGUGUGCUGUGCAACCUCUUAAGUCUGACCGCCAUCUUCUCAGAGCUGCUGAUGGUCUACGUUCCGUUCUGCUUCGCUGUCGUCUUUGUGGUUUCUGGCUCUCUGACUCUGGCGGCGGGAAGACGGACUUCAGUGGCACUGGUCUGGGCGUCUCUGGUGUCCAACAUGUUCAGCGCCAUGAUCAGCCUGGCAGGCGUGGUCUACCUGUGCGGGCUGCUGGCUGUCCAACCCCUGUUCAACAAGAUGGACGUGACGAUUCGGGGGAACAAUAACAUGUGGAUUCUGGAUGUGGUCAUGAACGGACUUCUGUCCUCCGUCCUGGUUCUGCUCGUCCUCCAGCUCUGCGUCUCCAUCACUGUCUUUGUGUUCUCCGGGAAAGCCAUCAGACGCCAGAGUCGCGAGCCAGGCCCCUCCCCCUUCAUGGUGAGGGUCGAUGAUUGCCACAGUCUGCCGUCUGGUGUGUUGGAGCACGGCAGCAACGUUGCCCUGUUGGGCGACUAUGUGGAAAAGUCUGGACUGUCCCCAAACACACCAUGAGAGGGGAGGAGGAGCUUCUGAAUACCACUACAAAUACUACAAUAAUACUGCAGUAAAACUACAGCAGAGUACUAUCAUACUGUCAUUAUAUCCUGUAAUCAUCUUUUCUUCUUGUAGUCGAUAUGUUACACUGCAUUCUGGGUAAUUUAGGGGUUAAAUGUGCCACAGUCUUGAUUGUGUUUAAAUAUGAAUCAGACGAUAAAGAUAAGAACUGAUGCAGUCGACCAUCAGAGAGAGAGAGGAGAGAGAGAGAGAGAGAGAGAGAGAGAGAGAGAGAGAGAGAGAGAGAGAGAGAGAGAGAGAGAGAGAGAGAGAGAGAGAGAGAGGAGAGAGAGAGAGAGAGAGAGAGAGAGAGAGAGGAGAGAGAGAGAGAGAGAGAGAGAGAGAACGUUCUCAAACCCAAAUCAUCAAAUAUUAAAUAAUCAAACAUUAAAUAUGUUUUCUCUUUACAUGUUGUUAAAGCAGAACUCACAUAAAGACGCAGGUGAAGAAUGACGUGUUGGUGUUCUGACGUUUCUUCCAAGUUCAAAUUAAACUGACUUUUCUUUUAAUGUAGUUUCUGUGAUUGAUCUGAAAUCACCUUCAUGUUUUGAAUGUAAAUCUUUAUUUAAAUCAGUUAUAAAAUGAAUCUUUCACUUCCAUCAGACAUUAAAUAGAAACAUGACAAAUAAACCUGAUAUUACCAAUCA